GUUAUGAUUCGGCGCUCUUUACUUGCAUUGUGUCCAACAGUUUCGGAAACGACGACACAAACAUCCAGCUCAUUGUCCAGGAAGUGCCCGAACCCCCACACGAAGUGCAAGUUAUGGACAUCACCAGUCGCUCAGCGGUUGUCGUGUGGAAGGCCUCCUUCUCGGGCAACAACGCUGUCAUCAAAUAUAUCAUUCAAUUCAGAAAACUUUGUUUAUUGGAAACGGAUUGGGAAGAGAUGGCGACAAAUACUGGUAACGACUUCCGAGUAAUCGCUCGUCCGCUGCAACCGAUGUGUAAAUACGAGCUCCAGAUUAGGGCCGAGAACUCAUUGGGCAGAAGUGAUCCGAGUGUUAUCACCACAUUCACCACCAGUGAAGAAGUCCCCGGGGGACCGCCUACUGACGUGACGGCUGAGGCCACGUCCUCCACGUCGCUGAAGAUCCGAUGGAAACCUCCGGCAAAGCACUUACAAUACGGCGCUAUUAAGGGAUAUUAUAUCGGAUAUAAAGUGGCG